AUGAUACGCUCGAAGGACGGCAAACGGACGAAAAACUACAACGGAAACAGAGUAGAGCCCCCUCUUGAUGACAAAGAGGCACUUACCACGAAGCAGGAGACGAUGGACGACGAACAGCCGCUUGUGGACCGUGAAGAUGAAUCACUGGAAGAUGCAAGCUCGUCGCCGCUAUUAAUGCAGAAACCUGUUGCGGCCUGGGCAGUUGGAGGUCUUGGCGUAUUGUUCCUCUUGGUGGUGGUUCUAGUGGUCCGAGUGGGCACUUUGCAGGUCUCACGAGAGACCUUACGUACACAGACAACUACUUGGGUGGAGAUGCUACCCAAUGAUGUUAUCAGUCAUUUGGAUACAGAUGUGGACCCGUGUGACGACUUGUACGCGUUUAGUUGUGGUUCAUGGCAGAAAAAUGUGGAGAUCCCGGAAGACAAGUCGAGUGUGUCCUUGUCGUUUUCUACUGUAAAUGACAAGAAUGAAAAGGUGCUGAAAGACGUGAUGCAACAAGGUUGGCCGCUCAUGGGCGAGUUGUAUGACUCGUGUAUGAACUUUAACAACAAGAGCAGUAAGACGGCGAACGACGCGUCGUUAAAGGUCCUGUCGCCGGUAUUAGAGCAAAUUGCUACGACGAAAAGCAAGAAGGAGCUGUUUCAAUUGGCAGGAGUCUUGUACAAAACAGGAACGAGCUUUGUGACAGGACUUGGUGUCGAUGCAGAUGCUCGAGAAGCGACCGUGUACGUGUUGUCUGCAUCGCAAACUGGACUGUCACUGCCAGAUCGCCAGUAUUAUUUGGACCGCAAGAAGCUUGACUCGAUCAGUGACGCGUUCCAUGCGUAUGUGGUGGAGUUAUUUGUGCUGGUUGGAUGGGAGUCGCGUGCAGCAGCAUCGCAAGCUUCCACAGUGAUUGGCUUUGAACAAACGCUUGCACCGCUUUUCGUACCGAAAGAAAAGCUGGAAGAUCCUGUCGCAACGUACAAUCGUAUGAGCGUGACCCAAGCUGCUGAUCGAUAUCCGUUGGUUUUCUCACAGUUCUUGAAGGGCGCGGGGUUGCUUAAGAAUCUCACAGAUCAGAACGCUGACGUGAUCGUGCAAACACCUGAAUUUUUUAACCGUGUUGAAAAGCUCGUGACUGGAGAUUCUGUGACUUUGGAGACCCUGAAAGCUGUGCUGAUGUACCAGUUUAUCAGUGAUAAGGCAGCUAUUCUCAGUGAGCCUUUCAUUCAGGCGAAAUUCUCUUUCUUUGCGCGGACUGUCAGAGGUCAAAAGAAGCGUUCCCCGCGAUGGAAGGUGUGCCUUCACCAUGUUACCGACAGCUUUCCUGACUUAAUGGGCAAGUAUUUUGCGCUCCUUCAGUUCGACAAGGCUAGUGAGCAACUUGCCAGCCAACUUGUGGCGCAAAUUCAAGCGUCGAUGCAGAAGAACUUCAAGCAGGUGGAUUGGCUGGACCAGCCCACUCGGCAGGCUGCGGUUGAAAAACUUGGCAACAUGACCAAUCUUAUUGGGUAUUCGACUCUCUCCGAGCACUUUCCGUACGAACUACGCGGCGACGCACUACUUGCAGACAAUAUGCGGAUCAUCAAGGAGCAUCAGUUUAUUCGAGAUUCAGGAAAGAUCGGUGGUCCAGUGAACCGUAACAAAUGGGCAAUGACGGGUGCUGAAGCGAACGCGUAUUAUCAGCCGAAGGCAAAUCAGAUCGUAUUCCCUGCUGGCAUCCUCCAGUCGCCAUUUUUCGCUUUUGAACACCACCCUGCACGCAACUUUGGUUCUAUAGGUUCUAUCAUCGGUCACGAACUGACGCAUGGCUUUGAUGCCUCCGGAAGAUACUACGCUGGUGACGGCAAUUUGCGAAACUGGUGGAGCAACGACACAGCAACCAAGUUUUCACAGCGGGCUGAUUGUCUCGUGAAGCAAUACGAUAGUUUUGCAGUGACGAGUGAUGCAGAUCAGGAUAAGGUGCUGGGCCACGUCAGCGGGAACUACACUUUGAGCGAGAAUAUUGCCGACAAUGGCGGCCUCAAGUUGUCGUUUAACGCAUAUCAAACAUACAUUACGAUGCAGGCCCGGAAGCUGAGUAAUGUGAGCGAAGACGAAGCGACAGAGCUGACUAGUUCAAUGAGCCAAGUGGGGCGUAGCUUGCCUGCUGAUGUAGCCGACAGACUUUUCUUCAUCUCGUUCGCUCAGACAUUCUGCGGUAAGACAAGCGACGCCAUGACGAUACAAAGCUUAGCCACAGACUUGCACUCGCCUGCGCGGUGGCGCGUUAACGGAGUUGCAAGCAAUUCGCACGACUUCGCACGCGUGUUCUCAUGUCCCGCUAGCUCACCCAUGAACCCAAAGACAAAGUGUCAGCUAUGGUAG